CAGUCUUCUUCAUUUUCUCGACUUGCAUUCAAUUUGAUCUUCAGCAUGCGUGUGUUCCUACUGGUUCUCUUACUCCGUGCAGCAAAAUGCAGCUCAUUUUCCGAAGAUGUCAGCAUCGCAUCCAGCUGUUAUCAACCGACUACUUAUCAAGACAUUGACUGGAACAAGUUACGUGGACGAUGGUUCACAGUCCUUUCGGCACCAGAUCCAUUGAGAGAAUUGCCUUGCAGGAGUUGGAAAAAUAUAUCAGGAACCACUGAUGGCUUCACGUUCGAGCACAGUAUAUUUGAUACCGGUGCUUAUUCUUGGAAUCAAUCUGAGCUAUUACUGGUACUAAAAUCAGGGAAUGCAUACGUUUUGCAAACAGGAAGUGCGAAUAAGGUCGUAUCAACGCUUGACAGUCUGGGUGCGAAAAAGCACAAACAUGACAAAGACGUAUUAUGGAUCUCGGAAUUAGCUGCGGUGCGAAUUGAAAGUAAGUUCUUCACUGACUAUGAGACAUACAUAUUACAGAUGUUGUGCGUUUAUACUCCGACGGGGGCCAAGCGUGACAUUAUUAUACGGACGCCAUCCUUAAAACUGAAUUGCAAAACCGUUCUGGGAGUUCGGAACAGACUCGUCGAACUGGGAGAAGAUUGGCAAAAUGUACCCCUGGAGGUGGUGCAUGCAUGUACUGAUCUGGAAGAAGAUUAGCUAGUAAUACUAAGCCAAUAUAUU